UUUGGUUGGUACGUAUAUAAGUCAAUGAAUAUAAGUCAAGAAAGAUAACAAAAAUAAAGACAAUAUUAAGGAGAUGUACACAGAAAGCUUUUAGUGUAGUAACAGAACCAAAUAAAGAGAGAGUAAAACCUCCGUCGACUACGAUGCCCACGUGUAUGCUCCUCACCGUCUGGUUCCUCUUGUGUAUCCACGGUUUGGUUAACCUUGUUCAAGCUCAAAACCGAACUGGAACCACUACUCAUCCCGACGAAGCGCAAGCUUUGAAUUCUAUCUUCGCGACUUGGAAAAUCCAGGCGCCGAAGGAAUGGAAUAUAAGCGGCGAGCUUUGCUCCGGUGCCGCCAUCGACGAGAGCAUCACCAUCGACGACAAAGCUUACAACCCUUUCAUCAAAUGCGGAUGCAAUUUCGCAGACUCCAUAUUCUGUCGCAUCACCGCCCUCAAGGUAUUUGCGAGAGAUGUUGUAGGACCUAUACCUCCACAGCUCUGGACUUUGAUCUACCUCACAAAUCUGAACUUGGCUCAGAAUUAUCUUACAGGCUCCCUUUCUCCUGCAAUUGGGAAUUUGACUCGAAUGGAGUGGAUAACUUUCGGGGUCAAUGCGUUGUCUGGCACCUUUCCCAAGGAAAUUGGUUUGCUUACAGACUUGAAAUCGCUAAGUAUUGGUUUAAAUAACUUUUCCGGUUCUAUACCAGCUGAGAUUGGGAAUUGUACAAAACUACUGAAAAUAUAUAUAGGAAAUUCUGGACUUAGAGGAGGAAUACCUUUAUCAUUUGCUAAUCUUGUACAGCUGGAAGACGCAUGGUUUAACGAUCUGGACGUUACUGGUCGGAUACCGGAAUUUAUAGGAAAAUGGACCAAACUUACCAUCUUGAAAAUUCUCGGAACUGGUUUGAGUGGUCCGAUACCAUCUUCAUUUUCCAACCUAACUGCUUUGAGAGAACUGAGUCUUGGUGAUAUAUCUAAUGGAAGCUCUUCUCUUGAAUUCAUCAAAGACAUGAAAUCUCUAAGUAUAUUAGUAUUAAGGAACAGCAAUCUCACUGGAACAAUACCUUCUACUAUCGGGGAAUACUUAAGUCUACAACAAGUUGAUUUAAGCUUCAACAAACUACAUGGACCAAUUCCGGCUUCACUUUUCACCUUAAGUCGACUUACUCACUUGUUUCUGGGAAACAACACGUUGAAUGGUUCUUUGCCUACUCAAAAGAGCCAGACUUUGAGCAAUAUAGAUGUUUCGUACAAUGAUUUGUCUGGUAGUCUUCCUUCAUGGGUCAGCUUACCAAACUUGAAACUCAAUCUUGUUGUUAACAACUUCACUUUGGAAGGUCUUGACAAGAGGGUCUUACCAGAACUGAAGUGCUUACAGAAGAACUUCCCCUGCAAUCGAGGCAAAGGAGUUUAUUCUGACUUUUCAAUCAACUGUGGAGGCCCACAAAUACAGUCUGUUACUGGAAGAGUAUUUGAGAGGGAGGACGAGGAUCUUGGAGCAGCUUCAUUUUUCGUGAGUGAUGUUCAGAGAUGGGCAGCAAGUAGUGUAGGAAUUUUCGCCGGGAGUAGCAAUAAUAUAUGGGUUAUCAACACUGUGGACUCAGAGCUUUUCCAGUCAGCAAGACAUUCUUCAUCUUCCCUUAGGUAUUAUGGGUUGGGCCUAGAAAAUGGAGGCUAUACCGUAGCACUUCAGUUUGCUGAAAUACAAAUUCUUGGUUCUAACUCCUGGAAAGGUUUAGGAACACGACGUUUUGACAUUUAUGUCCAGGGAAGACUUGUUGAAAAAGAUUUUGAUAUACGCAGAACAGCUGGUGACACUACUGUCCAAGCAGUUCAGAGAGAGUACAAAGCAAAUGUAUCAGAAAAUUACCUCGAAAUUCAUCUUUUCUGGGCUGGCAAAGGGUCAUUUAGUGUUCCUAUCCUAGGUACUUUUGGCCCACUAAUAUCGGCCGUCAGUGCAAAACCAGAUUUUACACCAACUGUGGGUAACAGGCUACCAUCAAAGGAAAAGUAUAGGACGGGUACUAUUGUGGGUGCUAUUGUUGGCCUAGGGCUUUUAAGCAUCUUUGUAGGCGUGGUUAUUUUCAUCAUCCGAAAAAGCAAUAAGCGUUAUUCAGAUGAUGAAGAGCUACUUAGUAUGGACGUAAAGCCUUACACUUUUUCUUACUCUGAACUUAAAAGUGCCACUCAAGAUUUCGAUCCCUCAAACAAGCUCGGAGAGGGAGGAUUUGGGUCUGUUUAUAAAGGAAACCUGAGUGAUGGAAGAGAGAUCGCGGUGAAAGUGUUGUCGGUUGGAUCCCGACACGGGACGGGACAAUUUGUUGCAGAAAUCAUAACAAUUUCUACUGUUCUGCACCGCAACCUAGUAAAGCUUUACGGGUGUUGUUAUGAAGGAGAUAAUCGUUUGCUAGUAUAUGAGUACCUCCCAAAUGGAAGUCUCGAUCAGGCACUAUUUGAGUAUGCCAUGCGUGGACACCUAACAGAGAAGACGGAUGUGUAUGCUUUUGGUAUUGUGGCUCUUGAGCUGGUGAGUGGAAGGAAAAACUCUGAUGAAAACAUCGAGGGUGAACAAAGAUAUCUUCUUGAAUGGGCAUGGAAUCUACACGAAAAAAGCCGUGAAGUUGAACUUAUUGAUCAUGAGCUGACUGAAUUUAACAUGGAUGAAGUGAAACGCAUGAUACGCAUUGCUCUACUGUGUACACAGUCAUCUCAUUCCUUGAGACCACCGAUGUCAAGAGUGAUGGCUAUGCUUUCAGGAGAUGUUGACGUCAGUGAUGUAACCUCUAAGCCAGGCUACCUAACCGAUUGGAGAUUUGAUGACACUUCAAGCUCCACUUUCAACGUCUUUCAAACUAAAGACAUAGGCGCUUCUUCGUCCUGCUCCACGAGUUUUGUGACGCCCAGAGACAGCGACUUUAAGCUAACGCUUGGAGUCGAGAUCAGUGAUGGUAGAUAACCAUUAUCUAUCAUGGCUAUACAUAUUAGACCUUUGUGUAUGUGACUAUAUGAUAACUAUUUUCUUCUUUGGUGGAGAAACAUAUUUCACUUUGAUUCAAUAAAGUUUGGUUGGAGAAACGUAUUUCACUUUGAUAAAAUAAUCUUUUAACCACUUCAUAAUGAGUUUGUCCGC